AUGGAUGAGAUGACCACAGAGGAUAGCCUAGUUAAUCAUCCAACCCUGACCUUUGACGAAAACAUUUCAAACUAUAUGACAACGCUAUACUUGGAAUUUUGUUUCACAGACCUUGGUUCAACGUCACGAUCUCGAACCAAAGUGAUCGCAAUUGGCGUAGCACCGUGGGGCAUGCUCAAACGAAGGAAUCGCUUCAUCGGGACGGACGUUUCAGUACAUUACGCAACAAACCAGUUCAACAAAUCGCGACUGGCCGAAUUGAACGAUCGUCACUCUUAUUUUCUGUUUGCUGAUAAUGGAACCGUUGGCAGGUACGGUUCGGAAAUAAUCCUACGAAAACGACUCGAGACUUACUUGGCGCAACACAAAUCCUCAUCAGUUCCGGUCGUUUGUGUGGUGUUGGAGGGUGGAGCGUUCACAAUCAAGGUCGUUCACGACUAUAUCACAUCUACUCCACGGAUUCCUGUUGUGAUUUGUGACGGAAGCGGACGAGCGGCUGAUCUACUGGCUUUCACACAUCAUGCGAUUGGAGACGACGGAAAACUGACCGACUCAGUCCGCAACCAACUGAUGUCUUUGGUAGAGAUGGUAUUCAAUUACGAUGAGAAGAAUGCCGCUCGAAUCGUCCGUCAACUGAUCGACUGCGCCCGUCAGAGGAAUUUGAUGACUGUAUUCCGUCUCGGGGAACAGCGUCAGGAAGUCGACCAUGCAAUUCUCACUGCUCUAUUGAAAGGCCAAAACCUCAGUUCACCUGAACAACUGCAGUUGGCGUUGGCAUGGAAUCGUGCUGAUAUUGCUCGAUCGGAAAUUUUCACACUAGGGACGGAAUGGAGUACCCAAGAUCUUCACAACGCGAUGAUGGAAGCUUUAUGUCAUGACCGAACAGAUUUCGUUCAACUGUUGCUUGAAAACGGUGUUUCCAUGAAUAGAUUCCUGACCUAUGGUCGUCUGGAGCACCUCUAUAACACGGUACUACGUACCAACCGUUAUGUAUCGCCGUCAGAGAGCAAACUAUACCUUGUAGGACAAAGGGCCCCCUCAUACGCUCCGCUCCAAAAUGGGGAUCACGUCAAAGAAACAUCACAGAAUAAGGUUGACAGAGGUACGCUUCUCACUGAAUCUAUUCUUCCUCCCAGAAGAAAGGAGGAGAGCACUGUUGAAGACAAAACAAUUGUCGGCCAUGCUAUGGAGGAUCUGAUGGGCCACGCGUAUAAAUCGAAUUACACCAAGGACGACUUUAAAGCAAAAUAUUUCGUAUUUUCCAACCGAAGGCAGGUAAGAACAGUUAGUUUCCAAGAAGAGCAGUGUUCCCGAUGA